UGUGGGUAUGUAACAGCAGAUGAUUAAAAAUGGAACAAAGCUGUUAUAGCACAUCAAGGAGUCAUGAGACCAUUUUGACUUACCACAAACAGCAAAAUUCAAAGAAGAUCCUGGAAAGAAGCUUAGGGGGCCACAAUGAUCCUGCCAUCCCUGGCCCUCUUCUGUGUUGGGCUGUGUGUUGGCCUACGAGACUGGAUAACAGACGAGUCACUUCCCAGGCCCUCCAUCAGUGUCUGGCCCAGCUGGGUGGUUCCCACUCACAGUAAGGUGACACUGCAAUGCUCAGCUCCUAUCAAGAAUGUCAACUUUAUUUUUAAAAAAAAUAACUCCACCAUACAGUGCUUGGAAUCUUCUGAUACCAUAGAGACUGUGACAGAACUUCACCUCACCGAUCUACAAAACAGUGAUGCUGGAGAGUACACCUGUGAAUAUUAUAGAAGACAGAGCCCCAACAAAAGGUCACCACCCAGUGAUGUCCUUCUACUACUGGUGACAGGGUAUUUAGCCAAACCUUCCCUCCAAGGCCACCAUAGGGGCAAUGUGACUGCAGGAGAAAACAUGACUCUGCAGUGCCAGAAGCCCAGCCAUGUGAUUGAGUCUUACAUGUUUGUUCUACUGAAGAAAGGAACUCCAACAUCCAUACAGCUGCAGAAUCCAGUAGGGGAGGAGCCAGGCUUUCCCCUUCGAAGUGUGACAGUCAGUGACACUGGGAACUACAGCUGUGUGUACUACCAAAAAAGGGCUCCUUUCCUGGCCUCAGUACCCAGUGAUCACUUUGAGAUCUGGGUGACAGAUGAAACAGAGUCUGCCAAGAGAACAGAAACACUAGGGACCACUGAAAUCAUCCUCAUUGUCACCUUCACCUCACUCUUCCUCCUUGCAGCCUUCCUCCUCAUCUACAAAUACACCUGCUGUGGGGCAGCUCGUAACAGGGCGACGAAAUGCUCCCACUCUUCUAAGAACCCUGAAGUCGUGACAGAUGCGUCUACAGCUAUUAUGAGCUGCUCUCCUGCCCUGGAUGAAGGAUCUCAGGAGUCAAGAGCUGAAGAACUUCAUGGAGUGAUGUAUGCUGAGCUGAAUGCCAGAGCCCUGAGUGAGGGCCCUUCCAACCAGAUGCAGCAACCUCUAGAAACCUGUGUGUAUUCGACCCUUAAGAUGUAGCCAGGAAGAGAUCUGGAUCCGGGAAGAACCUCCAACAAGAGGCUGGACAGUGGGCAGAAGCCCCUUGGAGGAUGAGACAAAUGGAGAUGCCUUUCCUCAAAUCUCCAGUUUAGACUUCCUUCUCCUAAAGAAAUAAAAUUUAUAUAUUUCUAGUAAGAUUUAUUUUUAGAGGGAAGGGAGGGAGGGAAACAUUGAUGUGAGAGAGGAACAUCAAUUGGUUGCCUCUCACGUGCGCCCCAACUGCAGAUUGAAUCUGCAGCCCAGGGGUAUGCCCUGGCUGCUAAAUGAACCAGCGACCUUUCGUUUUGUGGAAUGGUAUCCUACCAACUGAGCCACACCAGCCAGGACUAUUUUUUUUUAAGUGAAAAGUAUCAUUUACAUAGAGUAAUAUGCCAAGAAAUGCCUCAGGUUGGGGGUGAGGAGCAGCAGCACUGUUCAUGCCAGGAAGACAAAUCAUGUCAUUAGAGUGUUGGGAAUGUGAGCCAGGUGCUCUCAGUCCAACCUCUGCGAACAGAAGAAGGCUGGAGACAGACUCAGUCAUGUAGGCAAUAAUUCAAUCAACCACACCUGUUGAUGACACUCCACUAAAAUGCCAGAUACGAGGCUAGGGAUGCUUCCUGGUUGGUGACCCACCCUCACGUGCCCGGACAGUGGACACAUCCUGAGGAUAUAGGAAGCUUCGCUUUUGGGACCCUCCCAGACUUCAUCAUGUGUCUCUCUUCAGUUAGCCGGUACUGAUUUGUUUCCUUUACAAUAAAAUUGU